AUGAUAUCAGACAUCAAGUUGACUCUUGCUUUAGCUGUAGCACAGAUACCGCUUAGCGGUGCUGCCACCGCAACUCUCCGGCCAUGGAAGUUCUCCCCGCUGCCCCUCGGCUCGGUCAAGCCUGGCGGAUGGAUGCUCGGUGAGAUGACGGCCAUGGCGAAUGGGCUCGCGGGCCAUGAGCACGACUUUUACGUCUACGUCAGCGAGUCCAGCUGGCUGAACACGCCUGGCAGCGGCGGGACCGAGUACAGCUCUCUCAACGAGGGCCUGCCGUACUGGUUCAACGGCCUCGUGCCGCUGGCGUACCAGCUCGACGACGAGAGGCUCAAGGCGCAGGUCCAGGACGUGGCCAACACCGUGCUGGGAUUCCAGGCCACCGACGGCUGGAUCGGGCCAGAGGUUGGCGGUGCGAGAAACUUUUGGGCGCGGACGCCCUUCUUUCUCGGGCUGACGCAGCUCGUCGAGGCGGACAGCUCGUGGGAAGAGCAGGUUGUCACGGCGCUUCGCCGCUUCAUGACGCUGGCGAACAAGAUGCUGCACAACAACAGCCAGGGCUUCGUCAACUGCGCCAGCAACGUGGACUGCACGUGGGGACAGGCGCGCGUGCAUGAUCUGAUCAUCACCAUCCAGUGGCUGCUGGAGAAGUAUCCCUCUGACCAGGACUCCCUGCUGUGGGACAACAUGAAUCUGUUUUACUCGCAGACGAAUUACAAGUGGGCGGAUUGGUACACCGAAGGCGUGUUUGAGGAGGAAGUGGACCCUACGAAUUCCUCCAACUUUGUUUGGAUCCACGGCGUCAAUGUUGGCCAAGGCCUCAAGGCGUCCUCUGUCAUCUACAGAAUGACUGGAGACGACGAGAUGGUCGCCAAGAGCCAGAACGCCGUGGACUGGAGCUUCCAGUACCACGGCUCGGCCUCUGGGUCCAUCCUCGCAGACGAGAGAGAGCGUGACCUGUCGUCUUACAUGGGCAGCGAGCUCUGCACAGCCGUAGAGACGGCCUACUCGCUGGCCUACAUGUACCAGGUUCUCGGUGACAACGGCUACGCUGAUCGUGCCGAGAGAACCAUCUUCAACGCUCUCCCCGUCAUGCUGACCGGCGACAAAUGGGCUCACCAGUACAUGGACAGCCCGAACCAGCCGUUUGCCCUCAGCACCAUCCGGCCCGACGGCAGCGUGCCGCAGGUGUUUACGACGGCAAACAGCGGCGUGGCCACGACGUUUGGCAUGGAGCCGCUGUAUCCGUGCUGCACCGUGAACCAUCCCCAGGGAUAUCCCAAGUUUGUGGCCAACAGCUGGGUGCUGCACAACGGCGGCUUGGCACACGCUUUGCUGAGUCCCUCGACUGUGACGACUAUUGUCAACGGAGGCUCGGUAACGGUCGAGUGUGACACCAACUAUCCCUUUAGCAACGUCCUCACAUACUCUGUUGAUGCCGACAAGCCCUUCACUCUGUACCUGCGCAUGCCAGAGUGGGCGGACGGCCAAAUGUCGACCCUGACCCAGUCCGGCGCGUCUUCGUCUCGCCUGACUGUCGACGCCGACGAGGCCACCGGCAUGACCAGGAUCAACCUGAACGCCGGCAAGACCACAAUCACGUACGUCAUCAUCGCCGGCGUCAGGACCGAGGAGCGGCCCAACAACAGCGUGGCCGUCUUCUUCGGCAACCUGCUCUACGCGCUGGACGUUGGCUACGCCGAGAACUCGACGCUGCCGCACGCCUACUACGACCCCAACGGCCCCGGCAUCUCGGGCCUGCCCUUUUCGCAGCUGCGCGACUGGUACAUUGAGAGCACCAAGCCGUGGAACGUGGCCAUUGACCCGUCGACGAUUAAAUACCACGGCGUUAGUAGUAGUGCGACCCUGCCGGACCCGGUCUUCGAGAUGGGCGCGCCGCCAAACUACAUGACGGUCUCUGGCUGCCAGAUCAACUGGCCGCUGUAUCUCGGCGUCACGCCGGAUGUGCCGCCGCUGCAGAGGACGUGCGUGGGGCCGAAGAAGACGUUUAGGCUGGUGCCGUAUGGAGGCGCAAAGGUGCACAUGGCGGAUUUGCCGACGGUGGAGUUUUGA